AUGGCCCAAAAGGCUCCUACGGUGGACCAGACCAAGAUGGGGGUGGGUCGGGCCAUCGCGGUGCUGACGUCCGGAGGAGACGCCCAGGGAAUGAAUGCAGCGGUGAGGGCAACGGUCCGCGUCGGCCUCUACACCGGAGCUAAGGUUUUCUUCGUGCAUGAGGGUUAUCAGGGUCUGGUGGAUGGAGGAGACAACAUCCGGCCGGCCACCUGGGAGAGCGUGUCCAUGAUGCUGCAACUGGGAGGCACGGUGAUUGGGAGCGCCCGCUGUCAGGACUUUCGCACCAAACAAGGCCGCACUCGAGCCGCCUGUAACCUGGUGAAGCUGGGCAUCACCAACCUGUGCGUGAUCGGAGGCGACGGCAGUCUGACCGGAGCAAACCAGUUCAGGACCGAGUGGGCGGAGCUUCUGCAAGACCUGCUCAAGGCCGGUAAGAUCACGGCUCAGGAGGCCAAAGCGUCCUCUCACCUGAACAUCGUGGGGAUGGUGGGCUCCAUCGAUAACGACUUCUGUGGCACCGACAUGACGAUCGGGACGGACUCGGCUCUGCACCGCAUCAUGGAGAUCGUGGACGCCAUCACCACCACUGCCCAGAGUCACCAGAGAACAUUCAUCCUGGAGGUGAUGGGCCGACACUGUGGAUACCUGGCCCUGGUCACAGCUCUGGCCUGCGGUGCUGACUGGGUGUUUAUCCCUGAGAUGCCUCCAGAGCAGAGCUGGGAGGAGCACCUCUGCAGACGCCUCAGUGAACAAAGAGAGCGAGGAUCCCGUCUGAACAUCAUCAUUGUGGCUGAAGGAGCCAUAGACCGCAGCGGAGAACCCAUCACCUGUGAACAAAUCAAACUGCUGGUGUCGAACAAACUGGGCUUCGACACACGCACCACCAUCCUCGGCCACGUCCAGAGGGGAGGAACGCCCUCCGCCUUCGACAGGAUCCUGGCGAGUCGAAUGGGAGUGGAGGCUGUGAUGUCUCUGCUGGAGGCCACACCGGAGACCCCCGCCUGCGUGGUCAGUCUGUCGGGGAACCAGGCCAUCAGACUGCCCCUCAUGGAGUGUGUGCAAUUGACCAAAGACGUAACCACGGCGAUGGCAGAGGGGAGGUUUGAAGAAGCAGUGAAGCUCAGGGGAAAGAGCUUUGAGAACAACUGGAGCACUUAUAAAAUGCUCGCUCACGUUCAUAUCCCCAACGUAAAGAGUAACAUAAACAUCGCGGUGCUGAACGUGGGCGCCCCGUGUGCCGGGAUGAACGCUGCCGUGCGCGCCGCGGUGAGGAUCGGGGUUCUGCAGGGACAUCAGAUGCUGGCGGUUCACGACAGCUUCGACGGACUGGCUCACGGCAUGAUUGAGCCGAUUGGUUGGAGUGAUGUUGCAGGUUGGACUGGGAAGGGCGGCUCCAUGCUGGGCACCAAAAGAUCUCUUCCAAAUGAUUUCAUGGAGGAAAUCAGUCUGAGCAUCACAAAGUUCAACAUUCACGGUCUGAUUAUCAUUGGAGGAUUUGAGGCCUUUGUAAGCGGUCAGCAGCUGGUCCAGGCCAGAGAGAAGUACGAAGAGCUGUGUCUCCCCCUGGUGGUCGUUCCAGCUACAGUGUCCAACAAUGUCCCAGGAAGUGAAUUCAGCAUUGGCUCGGACACAGCCCUCAACACCAUCACCAUGACUUGUGACCGAAUCAAGCAGUCUGCGGCGGGCACUAAGAGAAGAGUGUUUAUCGUGGAGACAAUGGGAGGAUACUGUGGUUAUCUGGCAACCCUGGCUGGACUGGCAUCUGGAGCUGAUGCAGCAUACAUCUAUGAAGAACCUUUUGGCAUCCACGAUCUGGAGGUGAAUGUGGAGCACCUGGUGGAGAAGAUGAAGACUACUGUGAAGAGAGGUCUUAUCUUGAGGAAUGAGAAAUGCAACGCCAACUACACCACUGACUUCAUCUUCAACCUGUACUCAGAGGAGGGCAAGGGCGUGUUCGACUGCAGGAAGAACGUCCUGGGACACAUGCAACAGGGAGGGACACCGAGCCCGUUUGACAGGAACUUUGGCACAAAAAUGGGUCUCAAGUCUGUGCUGUGGCUGACGGAUAAACUGAAAGAGUGCUACAGACACGGUCGUAUAUUUGCAAACUCCCCCGACACGGCCUGUGUUCUGGGGAUGAAGAAGAGACACCUGGUUUUCCAGCCUCUCUCAGAAGUCAAAGCGUUCACCGACUUUGAGCACCGCAUCCCGACAAAGCAGUGGUGGCUGAAGCUGAGGCCCAUUUUGAAAAUCCUGGCCAAAUACAAGGUCAACCUGGACACACUGGAGAAGACUGAGAUCGAGCACAUCGUCGCCAAGAGAAAACCACAAAAACGGAAGGACUCAAAUGCAACGACUCCAGAUAUCGAAAUGAAGGUUUUAAAAUUGGAUGAAUACAUUAAACGGACCGUCUCCACGAAAGAGUCGGAGCUUCUGCGGCUUGAACUGCAGGAGUAUGUGAGGGCUCAGCCGGGGCUCCAGGGCCGGACUGUGUGUGACAGAGUGCUCCGAGCCUGUAACCACCACCUCGGGGAGACCAAAGACCAGAGCCAUGUGGCCGAGCUGGUGACGCUGGUGAAGGUCGCGGCGGACGGAUAUGACUCAGUGGGGAACAGUGCGGCCCAGAGCAGCGCCUUCUACCUGGAGAAGAUUGUCUUUCACAUCCUCAAGAAGCUGCGGUCUCUGGAGGCAUUCGGCCUCUGCUGCGAUGUGGCCCAGCUGCUGCACACGCGACUGCUGGAGGCCGAGCAGGAGGAGGGGCACAGAACUCUGGCAAUGAGCAGUUUCUCCGUCUUAUGGAACGGACUCUCGGCUUCUAAAGACAAGCCCACCCUCACUCCUCGGGACAGAAUCCGUUGUCAGCUCCUCGCACUGAGCUUUCUCCUGCUCUCAGACCCAGAAAACGGCAACUGUCCUUCAACCGUGGCAAUAACCUACGCACAAGACGCCAUUUUGCAGUUUGAGGCCAACUUGAGGACAAAGGAGGAUUCAAUCUUUCUGUGCAACGAGCUCCACAAGUGCUUUUCGAGGUUUCUGAUGGAGGGAAAAGUUGCAGGAAAAGACUCAGGAGAGCACCGGCCUAAAUGGAAAGCGAGCUUACAUCCAAUUUUUCAGAUCAUAAUCACAGUCACCAAAGCCCUCUGUAAGGCCGGCCGCCACAACAUAGCCAUUAACUUGUUGGAUAAAGUCGACAGGGAAGUUCCCGGAGGUCCGUACAUGGCGUUGGUGCUCGGAAAACUGGGCAUAAAGAUCCACGCUGCUGUGAAGGCGGCGCAGGAGUUUGGCCCCUGGCUGACGGAAAGCGCCCGGGCUCUGAGGUCCCUGGAGGAGGCUGAAGACGGGGAGGUAGAGUCUGUUCUGGACGGCUGUGGCCUCGUGGUGUGGGCCGUGGAAAGCAACCAGAACAAAGCCCUGAGCGGACCACUGCUCCUGGCCUGGUUCUCCUUCCUGGAAGAGCAUCAGGAGUUUAUAUCCAAAGUGCUCAAGAAGAACUCUGCCGGUGAAGCUGGAAUCAGACUCCAGCAGGUCCUGUGCUUCAGCAUCUAUCAGGGCUUUGUGUUUGCGUACGACAGUCUGCAGGCAUCACAGCUGGAGGACAGCGCCGUGUUGGACAGAGUUCUCCUGUUUUGUCAAUCUUCCACUGCUCAGAUGAUGAAGGAAUUACACAAACUGGACAAUGAAAACCUGUGCAUCAAAACUGUGGUGGCUGUCAGUAAUUUGGCCUGUGGCCUUUAUAACAGGCGUCUGUACGAACAGGCCUUUGUGCUGCUGGAGAUCCUCUGCACAGACCUCUGCAGGAACACUCCGGCUUCUAUCACCGCAGAUCGACUGAGUCGGCCCUUCAUGUUGGCCGUGCAGACCUCGCGGCGCUCUGGUCACCUGGAGCGAGCGCUGGACUGGGUCAUUUUGUGGCUCAAAGUUCUCGGAGACAACAUCACGGCACACAUGUCUGAGCCCGUGGCAUUGUGGGUAAAAACAAAGAUGGACGCCGCUAAAAACGCUGACGAAGACAUCAGACUGAGGACGUUGCGUGACGGGUUUGGCAGCGAUGUGCCGAAGGAGGCGGUGAUGUUGUCUCUUUUGGAGGAGGAGCUGCGUGUCUACAGAGAAACCCCAGGGGACACCGCUCAGGAGCGCUACAACACUCUGUGCGACCUGCUGGAGAUCUGCCACGAGGACAGUCCACACUCUCACCUGCGCGCCGUCUACCUCUGCCACAUGGCCCAGGUCGUGUGCUUCCAGGACUUCAGCGAACAGACAGACUGCUCUGCAGUUGAUUUUACCCGUGAGGCUCUGCGGCUGCUGGAGGAAGAGAAGAGGACUCCAGAAAACUCUGACAAGUUGACGGACGACCGUGCCCACGCCCUGUUAUGGCUUUACAUCUGUGGCCUCGAGAAGAACCUGCAGGAGGCUUUGGCAAAAGACAAGAAGCGUGAGCAGCUGAGAGACCAAACACAGUCUGUCACUGAUCCCACCUGCACCAACGACUUUGAAUACGAGGACAAGCAGAAGAACCAGGACACCGUCACCGUGUACGAGGGUCUCCACUUCAGCCUCCACGCACACAACAAGCAGAGCCAGCCUCUGGAGAGGGCGCUGUCUGAUUGGACGACGCUUCUGAAGACGGGAGCUGUUCCAUCUGUGAGGGAUCCCAAACAGACCUGCUGUUCCAUGUCUGUGAUGGCUGCUCUCUUCAGGCUCAUGGGGCGGCCUUUAAAAGCACUGGAGGCUCUUCAGCUCUCCAUCCGACUUGCCCAGAAGCUCGGUGAACCCCAGUAUUGUGCCAGGUACCUCUGCCAGUCAGCCAGGCUCCUCCUGGACAUGGGGACACCAGAGAUGGCCCUGGCUCAGAUUGAAAAAGCAGAGAAGUGUGUGUCUUCAGAAAGUUCCAGCGACGGUCCGUCUUCACAGUCUGUGCUGAUAACUCUGCUAAAGGCUCAGUACUGCUACAGCUCAGGACAGGUAUCUCAAGGAGUGCAGUUUCUAUGUGAAGUUCUGAAAGAGGCCAGUGAUCAGAAACAGUCCAAGAGCUGGUACCUGCUCCGGGCUCGCGCUCUGCAAACACUGGCCUCUUACCUCUGUCUGGAUACGAAGACUCUGCCCCUGGCCCAGAGGAGCCUCCUGCUCCAGCACGGUUUGAACAGCCCUGAUGCAGCGGCGUAUGAGAGCCUGAAACUCUUCUGCAGUCUCCUGGUCACUCUGGUGGGAAAAGGCCUUUACGGGACCAACGCUGGGAGCUCUGAUGUGCGCUUCAUUAACCAGGGAGAUAACGUGAGUCUGAAGUGGCAGCUGCUCAGUGACCUGCUCUCGUGUUCGGCUCUGAUGGUGUCCGUGCGGAGCAGCGCUGGAGCUGUGACCGAUGCGCGGCUGCAGUGUCUGGAGGCGCUCAAACUGGCCAUCAAGCUGCGGGCGCUCAGCCAGUGUGCAGAGCUGCUGGUGGUGAAAGCUGAGCUGGAGCUGAUGCACGGGGAGAAGGACGAGAGCGAACAAGACCUGAACAAAGUCAGAGAUCUGCUGGAGCGAUGCACUGACGAUUGUGAUCUGGAGCAAAAAACUGACAUGAAAAUCAAACCAAGAAAGGGACGUUUGACUCGCAAGGCUGACUCCCCGCUUCCGGCCGCGGGCGACGACCUGGGAGACAUCCUGAGCACGCGCUGGAUCUGCGCGGAGCCCGUUUUUAGCGACCUCUCCUGCUCACCGCCCCUGAAGCAGCUUCCCCGCCGCUGGCUCUCUGCGCUCUCCCAUAAACCCGACUGCCAGUGUUGCGUCUGUCUGGAGCCGUGCCUGGGGAGAGUAGCCGUCCGCUGGGCCACCGCCUGCGCAGACCUGCACCUCCAGCUUGACUCGGAUCAGGCCAAAACCGCACUCAAGCUGCACCGUGCUGCACUGGCUCGCUCAAAGAAUAUAUCAAUUAAACUCUGCACAAAAUUGUCUGCGAUUUUUGCGGUAAAAUCCAAGUCAAAGCCGCAUUAUUUGCACGACGUCGUAGCCCAGAUUUACCUACGCAUCGCUUUGUGCGGACUUGAUCCGAGGAUGAGCAAAGUCUGUAAUGCAUGGAAAGGUUUGGAAGCUGGUUUGGAGUUUGUCGAUUCGAUCGUGAACCCGGAAGUGCAGCCGAUCAAAGCCGCGCUGAUGGCGUCUAAAGCCAUUCUCUCUCUCGUUACGAUUUCUUCUGAUGAAGGCUGUGCGCCAGAAGAGCUGUUCGCGCACUUUUGGUCUUGGAAACUUGCAAAAGAAUUGCCGGAGUUGAAAUCGGCGUCCGCAGAGUUGAGCGUGUUUGAUUUCAGCACGACCGUACCCACUCUGGCCUGUACACCGGUGCACAGGUUCAAGCCUCCAGCCUCCGCUCAAAAGGCCCCGAAAACGGCCUCCAAGUUUCAGGUUUAUGAAGAGCUUUCCCCGGAGCCAGAGCAACGACAGCCAGUCCCUGCUGCUCCCAGACGCAACCGCAGGCUACGGUUUAAGGCUGACUACAGCGACGAGAGCGAUUCUGAGUCCAACCCACAACCGAACAAAACAGAAACUUCAAAAUCCGGUAGAAAAUCCUCCAAAGCUCCAUCUGCACCCAGCACUCCAGCUCCAAGCAAGACUCCGGCUCCCAAGACUCCGGCUCCCAAGACUCCGGCUCCCAAGACUCCGGCUCCCAAGACUCCGGCUCCAAACAAGACUCCGGGGCGCAAGAAGAGCACGGCCACCUCACGUUCGAACACGUCCUCUGAGGAUGAGGAGCCGAAGAGAGGAAGGACCAGACGCACUAUAAGGGCCACGAAAGCAGACGAGACCGAAGACCUGGACAAGAUGAGGACCAUCAACGAGGAGAUUGUGGAGACGCUGGACAUGAGCAUCGAGGAGCUGAGAGGGUCUGAUGCGGAGCCUGAGGAGGGGGCUGUGGCAAUGGACACAGACUGCGAGGUGCUGAGGCGAGAUAUUGCGUUUGGUUUGGGGAAAGCGGAUUUGUUUGAGCUGAGGAACAGGGGCCAGCCACCAGAGGGCGCUCAGACCCAGCUGCUGCAUGAUGACUUCAGACCAGACAAUCUUUCCCUGGAGGAGGUGAGGUCCCUGCUCUCCGAGGCCUGGCUCCUCCUGCAGCACUGUCCCUCUCCAAACCUGUACUCGUCGCUCUGUUCUCUGUUGGCUCUGGCCACAGGACAACAGGACCCAGAGACCACCGCUCUGCUCCACACCGAGGCUCUGGGCAUCACCAGCCGACACCGCACCAUCCGUCACCUGGCAAACUCCCUCAAGAAGCUGAAAAAGAAUUCGAACGACCUGCAGGAGAAGAUGGACGCCCUGAGCCUUGAUGAGCAGAGUCCAGAUGAAUCCAGGACCUCAGCGGCUCACAGACUGACACGGCUGGAACAUGUCUUCUCUUUCCCCAUCGCAGACUCCUCAGAUUUCCCACAAAGACACUGCCAACAGUUCAAACAGCAAGUUCAGCAGCUGCCCCCAGGAGUGGUGGUGUGCGUGCUGUCUGUGGUGGGGCUGAAGCCGGGGCAGAUGGGAGAUUCUCUGCUCCUCUCUCGACUUGAAAAGGACCGUGCUCCCGUCACCGUGCACGUCCAGAGCUCCAGACGGCAGCGCCCUGUGAGCCAGCUGGUGCAGGAGAUGGACAGUAUUCAGCAGCAGCAGAAGGUUGUGAGUUAUGUGGCCGAUAAAGCAAAGUGGUGGGAAGGACGCCGCGCUCUGGACGCUCGAGUCAAGGAGCUGCUGAAGGAGAUGGAGGAGGCGCUGAGCUGCUGGAAGAGUCUCCUCUUGCCACUGUCCUCGGACCAGGAGCUCGACGCACACGUCCAGAAGCUCCACGUGGCUCUGUCGGCCAAAGGCGUGGAGCUCAGUCUGGAGAUGAUCAAAGCUUUGCUGUCGGCGGCUCCUGUUCUUUCAGAAGACGACUUGAAGAGUUUUGCGUUUGGAGUUUGUCCGCACUGGGACUCGAUCUGUGAGCAGCUGCUUCAGGCGGCGGUGACUCAGCUUUUGGAGCGAGAGGAGCCCAGAGGCCACGUGGUGCUGGUCCUGGACAAGUUCCUGCAGAAGUUGCCCUGGGAGAGCAUCACGGUGCUGAGGUCUCAUUCCGUCAGCCGGAUGCCGUCGCUUCACUCUCUGAUCGGACUGAGCAUCGACAAAGAGAUCGUGCCGAGCUCUGUCCUGAAGCGGGGAGUCGACGCAGAAAAGGUGUUUUACGUCCUGGACCCAGAGGGAAACCUGGGAUACUCCAAGGAGAGCUUCAAGGACAGCUUCAGCAGUAAAGCGCACUGGGAGGGUGUGUGUGGACAGGCUCCCGACACAGCGGCUCUCACUGAGGCGGUGUCAACCAAAGAUCUGUACAUUUACGUGGGCCACGGAGCUGGGGCCCGGUUCCUGGACAGUCACCAGGUCCUGAAGCAGCAGAUGAGGGCUGCGUCGCUGCUGUUCGGCUGCUCCAGCGCCGCUCUGGCCGUGAGGGGGGAGCAGGAGGGUCAGGGCAUCGCUCUGUUCUACCUCAUCGCAGGAUGUCCGUUUGUUCUGGGAAACCUGUGGGAUGUGACGGACCGCGACAUAGACCGCUUCACCAAGGCCCUGCUGGAGUCCUGGCUGAGCUCCGGCUCCGGGGCUCCGUUGCUGGACUUCAUGGGCCCCGCGAGACAAGCCACCAUCCUAAAGCACCUGAUCGGGGCCGCGCCGGUGGUCUACGGUCUCCCCAUACACCUGGCCUAG